UUGGUCUUGGGCGGCUACAUGUUACCGUCCAUUUUUCCGAUCGGUCACGCCUCAGUGGCUCACACAGCACCUUUUAAAAUUUUUCGUGGACCAUUUAAUGAAGCAGUUUUAUUUGGUUCAAAAUAAAAUAUGAUUUUGCUAGUUUUUUUGGUUUCUUUAUAUUAAUACUUUUUUGUAAUAUUCUAACAAUCUUUUUAAUUAUUUAUAAAGUACAUGCACAAACUACAAAUAAAAUAUCCCAAAAAAAAAUUGUUAAAAAAUUGCGAAAAACUAAAACUAACUAAAUCCUUUUAAACUUGAAUCAAAUUUUGUCCAAAUAGCACUUUCAAUCAAUGGACGCCUUUUGGUUCCAAAAAUUAAAAAUUAAUGGACGCGUCUUUUGUAACGUGUCAAAUUCUUCCGAUUUUAGUACAUUCAUUUGUAACGUGUGAGUCUAAUCGACGAGAUCAUUUAUGUCCAUUAGUGGUAGUGGGCAUAACCCUCUGACUCUGAGAAGAUGUGUCUAUUUAAUAGCCUAUCAACAGAACUAUUUGCUUACUUCUCUAUCUUAACACACCGUCUAUCUAGUAAUGGCGAUGCAAAAUGGACGAGCAUGGACCAAGCACGAAGAAGAAGAGUUGUUAAGUAUACUCCACUAUGUUGCAACAGAUUACGACCCAAAUAUGGGGAAUCCCUCUUUCAUGAGCGGCGUCAUUGAUGAAAUCGAAGGUGCCAUUGGCUGGUUGGUUCAACAGCGUCUGCGAGCAACUCGGGCGGAUAUCAUCUCUAAGGUGCGAUUCCACAUAGAACGAUGGACCAGCUUCCAAAGGUACCUUGCCCGUGAGUACAUCCUUAGAUACGACAAAGAAAGCAACGAAGUCAUUGUGUGCCCAAUGAAAUUCACGAUGGAAACUGAGACGGCGGAGGAAGCAGGUUUCAGGCUGGAUGGGUUUCCGGACUAUGCACGCAUGGAGCAGAUCAUGGAAGCUCAUGGAAUCGAAUCUGUGCCAUGGGACCUAGUGGUUUGAACGACUGUUAUUCGUAGUUUAUGAACUAUUUAUGUUUUUCUCUAAAUGAU